AUGGAUGUUAUAUUUGAUUCUUCGUACAAUUCAUCGAUAUUUAUUGAAGAUUCUAUCGAUGAAUAUUUAAUUGAUCCCAAUUUAACUGUUUCAGAAAUGGUUGAAAAAUACAAAAUUGCCGUGAUAAAUAAUACACAAAAGAAAGAAAAAAGAGAUUUACGUUGUGCUGUUUGUAAUGCUAGAGCAUUUGGAUAUAAUUUUGAUCAAAUAUCAUGUGAAAGCUGUAAAGCUUUUUUUCGACGAAAUGCUUUGAAAAAUAUAAAUGAUUUACAUUGUCGAUUUUCCGGUACUUGUAAUAUUACAACUGAUACACGACGUCACUGUUCGUAUUGUCGUAUUAAAAAAUGCUUUGCUGUUGGUAUGAAAAAAGAAUGGAUACGUAGUGAAGAAGAUAAAUUGAAACGACGUGGUAGAACAGAGAAAAGUCGACGUCGUAAAUUUUCUCAACAACCAAUUACAAUUCCAGCUGUAAUAGAUCCUGGUUAUUGUAAUUAUCCAUCAAUAUUAAGUUCAUUAGAUUUAACACGUCUUAAUAAUAUAUCACAUUGUUAUGAUCAAUUUACUCGUGAACCAAGUGUACCUUUAUUAGGUCGACCACCGAAAAGUCCUCAAUUACGUAUUGAUGAAAUGUAUGAGCGUAAAAAACCGAUUUUUAUUAAUCUCAUUAACUAUUUCAAACACUUACCCGAAUUACGAACACUAAAUACUGGCGAUCAAGUUGCAUUAAUAAAACAAAAUAUUCGUCUUCUUAUUCCAUUGAAUUAUGCAAUAUUAAAAACACCUAGAUUACAUCUUUCUGCUCCACGUUUUCGAACAAUUGGGUGUAUGAAUGAUGUCGAUUUACAUGUGGUAUUACGUUCAUUAGCAGAUACAUUUGUUGAUUUUGUUAUACAAGAUCCAAUUGUUCUUAAAUUAUAUAUGUGUUGUUUAUUUUUUUCUACCAAUCCUUUAACAACAAUAUCUCUAUAUAAUCCAGCAGAAUAUGAACAAUUAAAUACUAUAAAACAAAUUCAAUCGUCUUAUAUUGAAUUAUUAUGGUUAUAUAUGCUUGAGAAAUGUGGAGAAGAAAAUUCAGUGCAUUUACUUACAAAAAUGGUAACGAAAUAUUUACAUGUUCAAACAAUAAUCGAUCAAGUUGAUUCAAUUAUACGAAUGAAUGACGAUUUACAAAAUAUGGAUUUAUUAAUGCAAAAUAUGUUACAUAUAACAUAA